AUGUGGCCCUCGACCUUUGGGGUGUUUCUGGCCCUACAAAGCUAUCUCUAUCUGCUAGGGAUUGCACUUGUUGUAUAUUACGUCGGCUGGAUCAUAUAUGCGUUAUGUUUCCAUCCCCUGCGACACAUUCCCGGACCAUUCCUCGCACGAAUCAGUCGCGCUUGGAUCACAUGGCACAUACUUCGUGGCGAUAUGGAAUAUGAGCAGCGGAGGUUGCACGACAUGUACGGGCCGCUGGUCAGGAUAGCGCCUGAUGAGGUGGCUUGUGCAGACCCCGGGGCGAUCCCCAUCAUAUAUCCCAUGAAAUCUGCGCCUCCAAAGAGCGACUUCUACAGCAUGUGGCAGAACCCCAACAUUGGCAACUUUCCAGACCACUUCAGCCAGCGUGACGAAAAGACUCACGCCGAGCGGAGAAGGAUCAUCAGCCACGUCUAUUCUUUGACGAAUAUCCUCCGGUCAGAGCAGUAUAUUGACAACUGCUCCAAUCUUUUCAUGCAGCGAAUGGAGGCCUAUGCGGACGCGGGGGAGAUUGUGAACCUGGGAGAAUGGCUGCAAUGGUACGCCUUCGACGUUGUCGGCGAGCUCUUCUUCGGCAAGAUGUUUGGCUUCAUGCAAGAAAGUCACGACCACGAGAACUUCAUCGCCUCUCUCGACCUGCUGCUGCCCUUUCUCAGCGUCACCAGCGUCAUCCCCAGCUACCUUCGGACACUCCUAGCAGUCUCAGCCUUCAUGUUCCCCAAAGUGCGCCGAGCCUUUGAAGCCAUCGGCACCAUCGAGGCGGCGGCAAAGAGCUGCGUGGCCGAACGUGCAGAGCUCCUGCAGGACCCGGACCAGGACAAGGGCCCGCCACGGCGAGACCUAUUGCAGCAGAUGUUCAGCAUCCAGCAGAACAAGGGAGCGGAAGUCAAUUUUUCCGAGAAGGACAUGGCCAAGGAAUCGUACUCGGCGAUAUUCGCUGGAUCCGACACGACCGCCAUCGCCAUGCGCGCCACCCUGUAUUUCCUUAUGACAAACCCUCCCAUCUACGCCCAAGUCAUGUCCGAAAUCAACGACGCAAUUGCGAAUGGCACCAUCCCCGCCACAGGUCCCGUGGCAUAUUCCCAGGCUAUAAAAUUACCGCUGCUAUGCGCGAGCAUCAAAGAAGCCAUGCGCCUCCAUCCGAGCGUGGGAUUGACGUUGCCCCGUGACGUACCUCCCCAGGGUCUCGUGAUCGGCGACAACGUCCAUAUCCCCGGCGGCGGGACGCGGAUCGGCAUGAACGCGGCUGUGGUGCAGUACGACCGAUCUGUCUUUGGCGAGGAUGCACACGCCUUUCGACCGGCCCGGUGGCUGGAGGAGAGCACCGCAAACAUGGAUCGCUGCAUGCUUCAUUUUGGGGCUGGGACUCGGACUUGUCUGGGGAAGAAUAUCUCCCUAAGCGAACUACACAAACUCAUCCCGGCUCUUCUCCGUGAUUUCGCACUAGAAUUGGCCACCAAGGAACCGUGGAAGACGUACAAUUUCUUCUUCAACACGCAAAAGGGCCUGCUGGUUCGUCUGCAGCGGCGGAACCGGAACGUCAGCAGCGCAAGCGCAUCCGAGGCUGAUGCCGGGAUUGUGACGCAUUGA